AUGGGCAUUUUCGGAAGGAAGAAGCAAGCGACCGAGGCGUCUGCUGCCCCCGCCCCCGCUGUCGCCGCCGCCACCAACGGCAAAAUGCCCUACCCCAAGGUCGCCGAGAACAUCUCGCAGCUGAUUGGCAACACCCCGCUGCUGAAGCUCACCAAGGUCACCAAUGGCGCUGGCGGCACGGUGCUGGCCAAGCUGGAGUCUCUGGAGCCGUGUUCCAGCGUCAAGGACAGGAUCGGGCUGGCCAUGAUUGAGGAUGCGGAGAGGAAGGGGCUCAUCACCCCGGGCAAGACCACGCUGGUGGAGCCGACCAGCGGCAACACCGGCAUCGCGCUGGCCUUCAUCGCCGCCGCCAAGGGCUACAAGCUCAUCCUCACCAUGCCCGCCUCCAUGUCCCUGGAGCGCCGCAUCAUGCUCAAGGCCUUUGGCGCCACCCUGGUGCUCACUGACCCGGCCAAGGGCAUGAAGGCUGCGAUCGCCAAGGCGGAGCAGAUUGCGGCGGACACACCCGACUCGUUCAUCCCGCAGCAGUUUGAGAACCCCGCCAACCCCAAGGUGCGAGCGAGGCGGCAGAGGGUGCACUACGACACCACCGGCCCCGAGAUCUGGGGCUCCACUGGCGGCUCUGUGGACAUCCUGGUGGGAGGCGUGGGUACUGGCGGUACCAUCUCCGGCGCCGGCAAGUUCCUCAAGGAGCAGAAGGCGGGGCUGCAGGUGAUUGCCGUGGAGCCCACCGAGUCCCCCGUCAUCUCCGGCGGCAACCCGGGCCCACACAAGAUCCAGGGCAUCGGCGCCGGCUUCGUGCCCAAGAACCUCGACGUGCCGCUGCUGGACGGCGUGGUCAGCUCGGAUGAGGCGAUCGCCAUGGCUCGGCGGCUGGCGGUGGAGGAGGGCGUGAUGGUGGGCAUCAGCUCCGGCGCCGCCGUCAAGGCGGCCGUGGAGGUGGCCAGCCGCCCCGAGAACGAGGGCAAGACCAUCGUGGUCAUCAUUCCUUCCUUUGGGGAGCGCUACCUCUCCUCUGUGCUGUUCCAGAGCAUCCGGGAGGAGGCUGAGGCGCAGACCUUUGAGGCCUGA